AUGCUUGUUGAGUGCAUCGACGUUGAUGGGGUCUAUGUUGAGGCAGGGACCCGCUACGCAGCAUAUAAUACGGCGUCCACCUCUGUUUCACGACGAGAGGGCGUUACACGUGUCGCCGCAAAGAAUGAAUCGUUCGUCUUCAAAACAAAUAUCUUGCCUCAGCGUGUCGGAGUUAUGCUUGUCGGGCUCGGCGGUAGCAACGGGUCCACCCUUGUGGCCGGGCUGGUUGCCAACAAGCACAAACUUGCAUGGCGUGAAAAGACAGGCUUAAAGACGGCCAACCUGCUCGGAUCCGUUGUGGCCAACGCCUGCACGGCUGUCGGCGCUGUAGGUAUGUCUGCGAUCGAUACAGUUUACGUCCCGUUCAGGUCUUUGGCCCCAUUUCCGGAUCCAACAGAGAUUUACUUGUCCGGGUGGGAUAUUUCCUCAAAAAACCUGUACGAGGCACAAGUGGAGGCCUGUGUACUCCAGCCAGAGCUUCUUGAUCAGCUGAAGCCGGACCUUGAAACACGCAAGCCCUAUCCCGCAGUCUCCUACGGCUCCUGGCUAGCGUCCACGCAGGAGGAGCGCGCAGACAACCUUGUACCGGUUGAUAAGGAGACAACUUACCGCAAUAUAGUCGAUACUCUCCGAAGCCACAUUAGGGAGUUCAAGCGUAUCAACGGUCUAACCAGCUCAGAUGGACCCGCGCAAACCCUCGUUUUAUGGACAGCUAGCACAGAGAGGUGCUGCGACGAGGAACUCAUUGUGAAGCAUCUUCCCACCAAGGACAAGCUUCUGAAGGAGCUGAGUAGUGUAGUCAAUCCUGACUCGUCUGAGUACUUGGCUCCAUCCUUACUCUACGCAGUCGCUGCUGUGGAAGAGGGGUGCACUUAUCUAAAUGGGGCGCCCCAGAACACAUUGGUACCCGGUCUUCAAGAGUACGCCCGCUCCCUGGGCUGCUUGCUGGCCGGUGAUGACUUUAAAACGGGUCAAACGAAGUUCAAGUCCUUCCUUACCGACAUGCUUGUCGGCUCUGGUCUUCGCGUGCGUGCUAUAACGUCGUAUAAUCAUCUAGGAAACAAUGACGGCCGUAAUCUAAGCCAGGAAAAGCAAUUCAGAUCCAAGGAAAUUUCAAAAACGGCUGUCAUUGACGAUAUCAUCGACAAGGCACCGCUUCUAUAUUCUAGAGAUCGGCAGGGACAGGUAGACCCCUCGAUAGAUCAUACGGUGGUGAUUAAGUAUGUUCCGCACGUGGGUGACAGCAAGCGAGCUCUCGAUGAGUACGUGAGCGACAUCUUCAUGAAUGGCUCCAGCACUAUUUCCAUUUAUAACACAUGCGAGGACACGCUCUUAGCUGUUCCAAUAAUGGUUGACAUGAUAUGCUUUGCAGCACUUUUGGCAAAUGUGGAGGUUGCGCAUAUUGCCGAGUCGCAAGCCCCCGUUAAGUGCGUAACUAAAGAACUAGUUUCCAAGCUAAACUUUAAGCCAGUCAACAAUCUAAUGCCGGUCAUGUCCCUAUUCUUCAAGGCACCACUUCCUCGAACAGCAGACAGGAGUGACAUCGUAAAUGCAUUUGCGGCCCAGCGUGCCGCCAUAGAGGACUUUGUGAGAGCAAUAGCAGGACUCCAGCAUCUCCCGCAACUUAACGUGGGUGCACUAACUAUGUAG